CCGCCCGGCGACACGUGGGUGGUGUCACGUGCCGGCCAGCCGAUGGCUGCGGCGGCGCCGCUGGCGCGGCUGCGGCGGGGGCUGUAGGGGGAGCGGGCGGGACCCCUCCCCUCCCCAACCCCCUCCGCGCCCGGCCCGGCCCGCCGCCGCCAUGGAGGUGUUCAUCCCGUCCUUCCGCUACGAGGAGAGCGAGCUGGAGCGGGGCUACACGGUCUUUAAGAUAGAGGUGCUAAUGAGUGGAAGAAAACAUUUUGUUGAGAAGAGGUAUAGUGAAUUCCAUGCUCUUCAUAAAAAGCUCAAGAAGUUCAUAAGAACGCCAGAGAUUCCCUCAAAGCAUGUCAGGAACUGGGUCCCAAAGGUCCUGGAGCAGCGACGGCAAGGCCUGGAGUUGUACUUGCAGACAGUCAUUUUAGAAAAUGAAGAACUCCCUAAAAUAUUUCUUGAUUUCCUAAAUGUUCGCCAUGUACCUACCCUGCCAAAAGCAGAAAGUUGUGGCUCUUUUGAUGAAACAGAAUCAGAAGAAUCAAGCAAACUGUCCCACCAGCCUGUGCUGCUGUUCCUAAGGGAUCCAUAUGUCUUGCCUAAAGCCAACGAUGACUUUCCAAAUGUAGUUAUAGAAGGCAUUCUGCAUGGAAUAUUUUAUCCUCAUCUACUGCCCAGGUAGAAGUGGCAUGUGGCUAGAAGAAGCUGAAGCAAGUCUCUAAGUCAUGUUCAAUGGAAUUAAUGGGAAUAAAAUUCUGGAAUGUGAUAAUCAUGCUCAGAAGCAAGAGGGACAGCCUCAGUUUAAGUUCAAGCAUUAUAUCUUUUUAAAUAAAAUCUAUGUCAUAACUGCUGCUUUAAAAAAAAAGAUAUGGAAACAACAGUAUUGAAGUUAUUUAAACCUUAUAUGCUCUAUUUAACACUAAAAGCUGAAAGUCAUACACUGAAUUACACUAAACUUUGAAAAGAAUUGAAAGUUUUACUAAUUAUUUCUGGAUUUCUAUCAUAAAUUACACUAAACCUUUUUGCACCAGGAUUUUUCCCAGCACGUUACCCAUUGCUGGCAGUGGAUGGAUUGAAAGUGCUGGCACUGAAGAGAGAGUGCAAAAAAGUGAUUUUAAAAGCAAGAAGAAAUGGAAGUAACUUAAAAGUAUUUUGUUCAUUUUCUUAAGUUAUUUUAAAACUCCUCCUUAAUAUUAGGUUGGAAAAGAGCCAACGCAUGUAUAUGGAGAAUUUCUAUUAGAAAACAUGCUUAUACAUUUUGAAAUACGUUGCUCUCUUCCAGGAAGUUUUCUAGAUUUCAGUCUAAAGGAUUUUAUCUACCAGAUUUAACAUGGCAUUUAUGAAUCUCAUUCAGUUAUGACAUCUCAUGUAUGUGUAUGUUUACUUUUCAAGUCAACUCGCAGAUUGUAUUCCAUAUCUUAACAUUUUAUGAAUCAGUGCAUACGUCUUUGUGGUAAGCUGAAGCAAGAAUAUGAUUAAGUAGUAAAAUAAACUAAAAUGUGUGUGUAUAUAUAUAUAUAUAUGUUCAGAUUUAACUGGAAAUUUUUGUGUUACUGGACAUUACAAAAUAAAUUACUAGAACAUGAA